CCUUAUUGUUCCUUUUUGCCUCCGAACGCGUGAAUCUUAUACUUCCCAAUUGUCCUUCUGAGUGUGGGACUUAGUCAUCUGUUCCAUUGAUUAGCCACCCUCAGGUCCCCCCAAAAUAAAAGAAAGUAUCUAGAUCCUCUUGUUGGUCUCGAUCAUCACCAUGGCUUUCAUGAAUACCACCUCCAGCAUUGCUAUGGCCCUUGCUGGCAAGACGGCCUCUGUCGAUAUCCCCAAGCCGCGCUCCGGUUUCACCCCGGGCGGUCGUGACUCCGCUCGUCCGGGGCAUCCUGCCAUGUUGCCUACUCCGCCCAACUCCAUUUCCCCCACUUUGCCUCCGCAGGGCUUCAGACGCCAGGGCGCUAAUCACCCUGGAUACUCCCCGCUGAGCUCCUCGCAUGUGGAGUCCGAUGUUGAGCUCGGAGAUGCCGCCGAUCAUACGAACAACUCGAAUGAAGCUCGUCCGUCGGCUCAUGAUCUAGAUAGCACCGGGGCUAUCACGCCCGGCAUGUUGGCCAAGUGCCAUCUCCCGGAAAUCAUGCUGCAGCAUGGCCCUCUGGCUAUUCGCCACCUGAUGGGUUAUUUGACUACUAGUGUCCCUGGAUUCUCAGGCAUCCCGCCUGCCAAAGCCCGCAGGCUGGUGGUCGCUGCGCUGGAAGGCCGAGGGAGCGAAGACAAGAGUGGCGGCCGUGAUGGUGAUGUUAUCUUCGAAAAGGUCGGCUGGGGACGCUGGGAUGCUCGCCGUCGUGGUGAGCCUUUGCGGGAUGCGCAACACCUCAACGUGUCGCCACCCGCCAGUAUCUCCAACUCUUUCCCGCAACGGGGAAUGCAGAUCCCUACGAAGCGGGGAAGCGUUCAGCCCUAUGGCAGUAGCGUUACUGGCGACUCCGCUGUCUUCUCUUACUCGGAGAUGGACUACGGUGGACAUGAUAUCAGCAUGCUGGAACAUGAGGCUGACAAGAUGUCACUCGACGGAAACGAGCGCGAGUACUGCUCGUCGUCUGAGGCCCCGGACGACGAGAUGCAGGACGAAGACUGGGGCGAAGAAGACAUCACAGACGAGGAAGAUUGGGCACAGAUAGGUGCUGAUGCGCUUCGCGCACGAUCAUUGAACGCCUCGGGAGGCUUCGUGAAUGGGACACAUAAUUCGCCACAGCUGCGCGGCGGAGGACCUGCUGCGUCGUCGCUAGCGAAGUCUGCACCGCGCAGAUUACCGGUUCAACAACACGGCUUUACCCUCCCGGAGGGUGUCAUGGGUGACCGGGAGGAGCGUGCUGCAGUCGAGGCGCUCCUCCGACUCGGAUCAAUGUAAUCAUAUAUAUACUUUUGGCAGGCGUUUGUCAAGAACAUCUUGUGUUCUUGCAACCCUGCA